AUGUCGACUGGGACGCCCGUCAGAAGCAGCCAGAGAAGCGUGCGUGCUUGUACGGCAUGUGCACGGCGUAAGAUCCGGUGUUCCAAGACAAUACCCUGCACAGCAUGCGUACGACUCAACAGGGCCUCGUCUUGCCAAAGAGAGCAGGUUGUUGUCGUCACCCGGAAGAGAGGACAUGAUGCAGAUACCACUGGUUUAGAGAAUGGCAACAAUAGCCCCUUACCCAGCCUGUCGGACUCAGACCAAACCAGAGAUGUGCCCCCGGGGGACCCCUAUUCCUCGUCUGAGGCUAUCAGCAACAACCUUGUUGUUGAAGGUGCUUCUGCCGUUCUUUAUCCCGAGCCAAGGGGUCCUGUCCAGGAGCAUGUCUUGUCUGAUCGCUCCGGCCAAGGACGCCAACAGACAUUGACCUCCCCCCCGGCGGCUGAUAGCCGCCUAACCAGCGAUAGAGCGGCAGCACUGGAGUUUCUCACUCAUGGUCGUCGGAACGUCAUCAACCAAUUUGCUGGCAGGCAAGAUACGGCGGAGUCACCACUGUCACUCAAUUCAAGCAACGUAGAAGAGCGAUGGGAUUUAUUCUUCACGGAACAGAAUUCUCGAACACUUCUGUCCCUUCACCAGUCCCAGCUCUCCUGGAUGCACUGCGCAGUUCAUAUGCCCACAUUCCGACGUGAGUUUGAAGAAAACCUUGUGAGACGAGAGUGCAACAGGUCUUGGCUGGCAUUGUACUAUGCAAUCCUCUCUCAAACAAUGUACCACAUUGAUGAUCAGCACUUGUCCUCGCUGCCGCAGCCGGUUAAUGCCAACGCAGAUGCGUCCUUUGUGCUUUUCAACAAGAGCAUCGAAGUGCUCUUCCGAGCCAACUUCAUGGAUGACCACAGUAUAUAUUCAGUCCAAGCAAUCUGUAUUCUCCUACAAGUGGCACAUCAUUUCGACAAGUCGGAUCUCAUCUGCAUUCUCAUCUCAACGGCUAUUCGAAUCGCUCAGUGCUUGGGCCUCCACCGUCUCGGCCCAGAUCGCGCCAUUUCUGAAGGAAGCACCUCCAGUAUCAAUGAAUCAGCCAAUACUGACCGGGAACUGAAGAAAGGGAUCUGGUGGUUUCUAGUGCGCUAUGAUUGGUACCAAAUACCGUUCCAAAACACUUGCCAGGUACACCCAAGUCAGUUCAGUACUCCCAUGCCGACCAACCAGCCUGUAGCUGCGCAACAGCUGGCGAGCGACGGGACUCCGAAUAUGGACGAGGCCUAUACUUCAACUAGUUGGGCCAAUUACCUCAAUCACUUCUCCGUUCUUAUUUGGAAACAUCAUGAUCGCAUGUUCAAGACAGGACAUCCGGGCAAUUCACCAGAGAGUAUCCCUAAGCUAUAUGAGGAGGUGAUACGGGCUGAUGAGGAAAUAAAGGCCAGCUACGUGUCCCUUCCGCCUUCUUUGCGAGAGGUUGAUAUGCCACAAGAUGUCCCAACUGCCGAUGGACUUCCCAUCGGCUUAAUGCCAGGCCUUAUCCUUGUAUGCACUGCCCACAAAGUGCUCGGCGUACAUCGUCAUUUCCAGCUCUCCGGUUUCCGAGACCGGCGUUAUGCAUUCUCGCAGUUUUCAUGCGUCUCUAUUGCUGAGCGUAGUAUCGCUGCUAUCAUCGAUUGGCCAGACACUCUUCAGUCACGGAUUGCACGCAGGAUGUGGACUACAUUGACGCACGUUAUUAGUUGCUGCAUUUUUCUCGCCUUUGCCUUGUUGUUCAAGUCCGAGAACACCCUUAUGCACGACUGGGUCAAGAUCCGUCGCUAUCUGCAGCUUGGGAAAGAAAUAAUCAGCCACGAGGAGCAGAGAAGCUCUCUAGCCCGUCGAGGUGUCAGGCUACUCGGCGCCAUGAUGGAAUUAGAAGCCACUUCGGAGUGCUCUGUGGACUUGGAGGCGGAAAUUGGGAAUCUUAUACGUUGCGUGACUGUCGCGGACGAGAAUUACCUCAACAUGGAUGCUACUGAUCCCCAUCACAUUAUCUUCCCAUAUAGCCAGGACCUUUGGGAAAGUUUCAUCAAUGAUGCCAUGGCUAGUGACUUCUUUGGGGUUUGA